CGACAACUCACAACGCAGUUCGAUGCAGGAGGCGGAGGCGGAGGUGCCUGAGUCGGUUUUGGCGGUCGAGCUGCGCCGUUUGCUGGAAGCAAUCUCGUCCCCCGCGAUGGACUAAGAAGCCCUUCACGACUCCAUCCAUCACCAAGCGCGCAUGGUUCAGCUCUUAGGCUGAUCAGCAUCUCAAGCGCCUCGAGCUAAGACAGCCGUCAACAUGGACCCAUCCACGCCUCAGCAGGAUGCCAAUAACUUGGAGGACAGACUUCGUAGAAUGAUUCUGCUCAACGGAUCCGUUCCAGACGAUGUGCCGAACGACUCGAGGCCACGAGUGCGCCUUCCUCCAAUGGCUCCGCCAGGUUACGGACCUCAGUAUCCACCACCGCCGCAGAACGGCAGCUUCCAUCAUCAACGACUCAUGAGCGGCAGUGGCAGUUCUGGACCAAGCUCUCCAUCGAGUCACGGAUUUCCUCGUCCGAUGUCUGGUCACUCAAUGUUUCCCCCGCCUAUGGCUUCGCCAAGUCCGCCGAUGCCACCUCCAGGAUUCCUGCCGCCCCAUUUACGCCAUGCUCCGCCACCAGAGCAUCUCGCACAACAUAUGGCGCCUGUACCAGCUCCACCACCGCCGCCAGGGUUCCGCCAGACUCGGGGAGGAUUUCAUGGGCCUCCAAGCAAUCAACGUGGCAAUGGCAGAGGUAACGGCGCGCCUCGUCAGCAGCGCAACCAGCAGAUUCAACUAGAUCCAGAUGCCUUCCAACGUGGUGGCCCGGUGCAGUCCCAGACUCGACCACAGCAAGGCGCGCGUAAUCUCUACGAUCCGAACGCCCGGCAGACGCAGUCAAACUUCACCACCAGGGACAUCUUGCGCCAGAGACAAGCGAAGUAUCUAGACGACCUGGCAAGCAGAGAGGUGCCCAGUGUAGAAAUGAGUCAGUCUGAGCGCGAUGAGAAGGAGCAGUUUCGCGUAGCGCUACAGCGCGUCUGCGACAAUGUGUGCACGGCCAAUCCUCGUCUACCUAAAAUAUCGCUCGAAUGCUUCGGCAGCUUCCAGUCUGGUUUCGCCAGCGCCGGUUCCGACAUGGAUCUGGCUAUAGUCGUGCAAGAUCCCAACUCCACGGAAGCUGUUUUCUCUAUGUUCGAGGACGAUCUGCCCCGCUCACUUGAGAAAGAGCUCCUCAAGGUCGGCUUUGGCGCACGUCUGCUGACGCGGACUCGUGUGCCAAUUAUCAAAAUCUGCCAGGAUCCGGGCGAGAGUCUGCUCGACAAGCUUCGCAUAGAACGAGAGAAGUGGGAUUUUCUCCCUAAUGAGAAGAAAUAUCCGCAUCUUCACAAAGAGGAGGAUGAAGUCGCGGAAGAUGAUGUUACCCGAGCCAUCGAUGGCUCAGCAAAGACUGUCCAAGCCGGCGCGGAAAAUGCGCAACUGGUCACAACCCAAGUGACGGUCGAGGCCGUCACUACCAACGGCGAUGAAGCGACUGUACAGAAGCAGGCAGCUAGCAUCACCGCAACUGCCACUGUUGAGGAAAACACUAAUGGACAACAACAACUUGCCCAAGCUCGGCGUGAGCAGCAGAAAUCGUGGACACGGGAGCGAAAGGCAGGGCCACUCGAUUUCCCAAAGGACGGUAUUGGUAUUCAAUGCGACAUCAACUUCUUCAACCCCCUCGGUCUACACAAUACUCAGAUGUUGCGCUGCUACUCGAAAUGCGACCCACGCGUCCGACCCAUGGUACUUUUCGUCAAGUCUUUCGCGAAGCUACGCAAGAUCAACAGCUCCUAUUCAGGCACGCUAUCGAGUUAUGGCUACGUGCUGAUGGUCUUACACUAUCUCGUGAACGUGGUGCAGCCGCCCGUUCUGCCAAACCUACAGAUGCCCUGGCGCCCGAAUCCCAACUGUGCACCGCCUGGUUAUUCCAGGACUGAAGUUGAUGGCUGGGUUGUUGACUUUUGGCGCAACGAGCAAGAGAUCGAGGCUGCUUUGCACAAUGGUCAAAUGAGUUCCAAUGCUGAAUCUUUGGGUUCUUUACUUGCCGGCUUUUUCCAGUACUAUUCUUCGAUGGGCAACGGUCCUCAGUUUCGGUGGACACAGCAAGUACUUUCCCUUCGCACUCCUGGCGGGAUCAUGACGAAGGAGGCCAAGGGCUGGGUCAAGGCCACCACUGAAGAAGGCGAGGGCAAGAAAAUCCAGCAUCGCUACCUCUUCUGCAUCGAAGACCCAUUUGAGCUUAGCCACAAUGUCGCCCGAACUGUUACGCACAACGGCAUUGUGGCUAUUCGCGAUGAGUUUCGACGUGCCUAUCGCAUCCUCAUGAGUGUAGGGCAAGGUCCACACGGGCAGCCGUCUCAGGAGGGCGACUUGUUCGAUAAGCUGAUCGAGCCCGGAGAGGAUGAGAAGGAGUUGGAGCAAGUACAUCUGGAAAUUCUCGAGAACAACAAGCUCGUGCACGAAGACGAGGAAGCAGUGCUGGCGCAGAAGAAGAAGCGUCAUGGCACUAGAGGGAAGCGACACAAGGACACGGACAGCACUGUGACUGGUGAGCCGCAGCAACGCAAGCAAAGUCUGCCUAAGCCGCAACCCAAGCACUUGGACGUAGCAGACCAAGAGGCUUUUCCCACACUCGGCGCAGCGAAGACGACGAACUCGCGAAGAAAGAAGAGCACAGGCAGUGCCACGAAGAAUAGCAACUUCACCGAGAUCUCUGGCGAAAAGGCAGCCGAGUACCUCGAAGAGUUCCGUCGUAAGAAGGCGGAAGAGCAUGCCGAGAGUACGGCGUACGGAGCAGCAGAGGCGGUGCUCAAUGGGCUUGAUUGAGCGAUUGCAAGCAUUGCGUGCUGCGUCUGUCUAGCUUGGACUGGCGAGGCACAGUAUCUUUCAGGCGCCCUCAGGCGACUUACAGCAUCUUCACUCGAGCAACCUUGGUGAUCAUCCACAUAAGGGAGGCGACAGAAUUCAUGCACAGCAACACGGAUCGCUUGCAGAUGGCUUAGAUACAAUGUAAGUCAACGAACAGUAGUUGAACCUCACUCACCACACGUAGGAUAUUAG